GUACAGCUAACUGGCGUGAGAAUCGGCGCCGGAGCCUAUGGCAGCGUGGAGGAGGUGGCCGUGCCUGGAGCCAUCUGCGCAGCUAAAAGGAUCCACGAAGUCUUCCUGGACCGCUCCGAGAUCCCUGUGACCGAGAUCCACAAGUCGGCCGCCCAGUUCGCGAAGGAAUGUCAGCUGAUGAGCACCCUCCGCCACCCGAACAUAGUCCAGUUUCUUGGCUUGUAUUUCCUGCCCGGCUCGCGACUGCCGGCCCUCGUCAUGGAGCGACUGCUGACGAGUCUUCACGACUUGCUGGACGCAGAAACCGACACCCCUCCCUCGCCCGACGCGCCCAAGCCCUUCUUCCCGCUGAGCCUAAAGUGCUCGAUCCUGCACAACGUGGCGAGCGGCCUGACCUACCUCCACGAGCGAUCGCCGCCCAUCAUCCACCGCGACUUGUCUGCCAGAAACGUUCUCCUGAACUCGGGGAUGGUGGCCAAGAUAGCGGACCUGGGCGUGGCUCGUAUCGUGCCUCGUAUGCGAGUUGCAGCCACCAUGACAAAGGGACCUGGGGCCAUAGUUUACAUGCCUCCAGAGGCCAUGGAAAGCAAACUUGAGGAGGAGAAUGAGGAAGAGAAAGACAAAACGUCAAAGUACGAUGCAAGCAUCGACAUCUUCUCUUUUGGUGUCGUGGCCAUUUUCACACUCUGCCAAACCUUCCCCUGCGACUUGCUUGCUACUGCCUAUCGUAAAGGUGGUCGUUUGCUUGGUAGAACUGAGCUAGAGCGACGAGAGAGAUACAUGAGGAUGAUCUACAGGCAGCUACGCGAGAAGCAUCCUCUCCUCCAGAUGAUCGAGGGGUGUUUGAACUUCCCUGAAGACCGGCCGAGCAUUCGUGAGGUGCUGCGUCUGUUGGAGGAGGCCAGAGCUGAAGUGAGAGACGAGCAGACAGACAUGAACAAACUGGAGCUGUUGCGAGCUCUUCAGGAGAAUGUUGAGCUAGAGGGACAGCUGAGGAGAAAGGAGGCAGAGUUAGCUGAGGCCCAGGGCCAGCUGAGACAGAAGGAGGAACAGCUAACAAGAACUCAGCAGUCUUUGCAAUCCAGAAACCACCAACUAAGACAGAACGAAGAACUGCUGCAGUCCAGUGAAAGGGAGAAACAGAUUGUUGUACAGCAACUGCAAUCCAACAACCAGGAGAACGCUGAGCUCCAGCAACAACUGCAAUCCAGUGAGAGAGAGAAACAGACAGUCAGACAACAGCUGAUCAGCUCACAGAGACAGAACGGAGAACUGAGACAGAGAGAGACUGAGUUAGUGCAGGCCAAGGACAGGGAGGUAAGAGAGAAGGCGACAUUGCUAACAAGGAAGGAGAGAGAGUUAGCUGAGACUCAGCACCAACUGAGACAGAAGGAAGAACAGCUGCGAUCAAGUGAGGCUAUAGUGGCUGACUUCCAGAUCCAGCGGAGAGACUCUGGGCCAACUCAAAGGACAAAGCCGGCAGCAACAACUGUGUCACAUUCCUUACCACCUGCAUUUACACGACGAAAGGUAUGCAACAAUAACGUUGCUAACUACCAUCAUGUUGUGGUAGGGGUGUUGUUAAGACACCAUGGGUAUCUCCUUAAAUAAGCAGAAAUACUGACUAUUAAAUUCUUAUGCGUGUAUUAUUUAUGUGUCCGUGGCUUCCUAAGGGUUUUAACUAAGGCUAACAAUUCUUUAUUCUAUAAGGCCCAGAGAGACUCUGGGACUCAGAGAACAAGGAUCCAGCCUGCUCCCCUAGCAACAGCUGUACCCCAUGCCAUACCAACUGUAGUUAAACCACGAAAGCUCACUGUGCAGUGUCAUCGUAAGAAGACAGCACCACGUGGAAUGAUCAGAGGAUCUGCAACAACCGAUGGUCGAUUUGCAUACUUCACCCCACGUUACUCCACCUCAGUCUACCAAUAUGAAUAUAGUACAGAGAAAUGGGAGGAACUUCCUUCAUGUCCAUAUAAGAACUCUGGACUAGUCAUAGCUGACAGGGAACUAACUGCUGUAGGGGGAUGGGGUGGUGAAUCUCGUUAUACUAACAAACUAUACACACUACGACAGAGGAAAUGGGUUGAGAAAUACCCUCCAAUGAACACUGAACGUUCCGACACUGCUGUAGUUAGUACAUCUGAUGGUGAAUACCUCAUUGUGAUUGGGGGGCUUGGUGGUUUUGAUUGGAUUGCUACAGUUGAACUAUUUCAAGUGAAGAGCAGAAGAUGGUACCAACUAACAGACUUACCACAACCUCUCACCUUCCCUUCAGCCACAAUAUGUGGUGAUCAGUUGAAUGUGAUACGAACUGAUGCUAACGGCUACUCGUGUUCUCUUGCAGCGCUACAAUCCUGUGAUCAACCAAUCACAUCACCUCCCACCCUACCCUGGAAACCUCUCCCUCCUCUACCAGUGACAGGCUCAACAGCAGCCACUCUCUGUAGACAGCUAGUACUCAUUGGUGGCUGUCGAGGUGGGUCAUCAGUCAAGUCCAUUCACCAGCUAGUGGAUGGACAGUGGGUUGAGAUUGGCGCUGUGACUACUGGUAGGAGCAUGUGUUUAGUAGCCAGUACAUCAACUGACAAGAUCAUCAUAGUGGGUGGGCAUGGAUCACCUGACAGUACUGUUGAAGAAUGUGUUGUUGUAUUGUUUCAUGCACUUUCUGUGUCCAUUAUCUCAUAAUACACAACAUUUCAACUCUCAAAACAGUUGGAGACAUUGUUUGUGUGUGUCACUGUUUUUUGUACAAGAAUGAUGUAAUGAUGAUGCAAUGUAUAUUU